CUCGAUGAUAUACCAGCGGUGAGGGUAAUUACCGUAUGGUACGGGCCGUGAUCUCCGCCCGCGCUUAAUUCCGUCCUUCAUCGAUUCCAAUCCAGAUCCCAGACCUCAAGGAUUGUGCCAAUUUCUUUGCCAUCUCUCCCACCGCGACCGGUCCGAUCUUCUCUUCCUCUCGUGGACCCGUCCUUUCGCCUACCUUCCUUGCCCUCGGGCUCAUGCUUCGACCGUGGCUUCGGCAGUGCCCGCGAGCAACCCGCUCGCUCGCCUGCCCGCAAUGCCAUCUUCCCCGGCCGCAGACUGCCAGGCGCGCCCUUAGGCCCCUCCCUGCCUUGUCCCUUUCGCAUCCCAUUCGAUCCCUCCAAACUGCGACGACCGACUCGCCGGACCGCAUUCCCCUGCGAAAGCAGCUGAAACAGGACGCCAAGGCCGUCAAGGCGCGCAAGCGACAGACUCGAGGGAAUGAGGAGGCCUCCCGACAGAAGUGGGAGUUGACCGUGGGCAUUGAGAUCCACGCGCAGUUGAACACCGAGUCCAAAUUAUUUUCGCGAGCGUCUACAUCAUCUACGGAUCUUCCCAAUUCGAACGUUGCGCUGUUCGAUCUAGCAUUCCCAGGGUCGCAACCGGAGUUUCAAAUCGCAACGCUUCUCCCCGCCCUCCGCGCCGCCCUUGCUUUGAACUGCGAGAUACAGCCAGUCAGCAAAUUCGACCGCAAGCAUUACUUCUACCAGGACCAGCCGGCCGGAUACCAGAUUACCCAAUACUACGAGCCUUUUGCGAAGAAUGGCUAUGUAGACCUGUUCCGCCAUGAUGGCAUUGCGCCUGAGGACGGCGACACGGUUCGCAUCGGCAUCAAGCAGGUUCAGAUGGAACAGGAUACCGCCAAGUCGCAAGAAUACCCGCCCUCGACGCAACUCCUCGACUUCAACCGUGUCUCCCACCCUCUCGUCGAGAUCAUCACUAUGCCGCAGAUCCAUACUCCCGCCACCGCGGCGGCCUGUGUUCGGAAGAUCCAGUCCAUCUUGCAGUCCUGUAAUGCGGUGACAACUGGCAUGGAGCUGGGAGGUCUGCGGGCUGACGUCAACGUCUCCAUCCGCCAGCGAGGUGACACAGCGGGCACGCAUCAGUACGGUGGAAUCGGCGGACUCGGACAACGCACGGAGAUCAAGAACCUGAGCAGUUUCAAGGCGGUCGAGGAUGCCAUCAUUGCGGAGAAGAACCGGCAGAUUGCCGUCCUUGAGAGUGGCGGGGUGGUAGAAGGUGAGACCCGCGGCUGGACGAUUGGAAGCACCGAAACGCGCAAACUACGAGGCAAAGAGGGGGAAGUCGACUAUCGCUAUAUGCCCGACCCAGAUCUUCCGCCCCUAUACAUCGGCGCCGACCUCGUGGCAGCGCUUCAGACCAAUCUCCCAACCCCCUCGGAUGCGCUCAUUGAACUACUGGCCGGGCCGGAGUAUGGGCUGCCCAUAGAGGAUGCGAAACCGCUCGUGGAACUGGAAGAUGGCGCGCGGUUGGAGUACUAUCAGGAAGUCGUGGACCUCCUGCGAGCGCUGCAGUCGGAUCAGGACCCCAAGGCACAGAAAGGACUGGCGCGGAUGGCCGGCAACUGGGUUCUUCAUGAGCUUGGGGGUCUAUGGGCCAAAGCGGAGGAAGCGUGGGAUGCGGCGCGGGUACCUGCCCCGAGUCUGGCCGCGCUGAUCGACCAGCUGCAGCGGAAGCACAUCACAGGGCCGACGGCGAAGCAGGUACUCGCCAUGGUGUUCGCGGGGGAUGAGCGGCCGAUCCCCCAGCUGCUGGAGGAGGAGAACCUACUGCUGCGCCCACUGUCGCGCGAGGAGUAUGUAGCGCUGGCGGAGGCAGCAAUCAACCUGAACCCCGCCAUGGUAGAACAGAUCCGACAAAAGAACCAACUGGGCAAGCUGGGCUGGUUUGUCGGGCAGAUGAUGCGCAUGGGCGAGAAGGGACGAGUGGAAGCGCCGAGAGCAGAUGCGAUUCUGCGGGAGUUGAUCUUGGAUCAGCGAUAAUGUAUACCUGUGUAGUACAUAGAUAAAGCAAUAGAUAGCAAUAAGCAUGCAUGAUA